AUGCCAACUGCCAACAUAAGUAGUAAUAAUGGUAUUAAUGGCAUCAAAUCAUCAGAAAGAAGUGAAAGGUUAAUUGAUAUUUCCUUGUCGUCAUCAUUACCAUCGACAAUCAAUGAAAUAAGCGGUUCCGAUCCUCAAUUACUAGAUAAUUAUAAUUUAACAUUAUCGCCUACUUUAACAGGUUCAAGUAGACCGGUUUCGAGUGUUUCUUCGGCUACAAAUGUAGACAACGAAUAUGAUGCUUUAUCGGACUCGUCUCAUUCCUUGUCAUCUUCAUUUUCGGCUUCCAUACUUACAAGUCAUCGUGAUAGUCUGUGUGACACUGCAUCAAGCCUAAGUGCAUCACCUUGUCAAAGUGAAUUUAACUAUAAAAAUCAUAAAAGGAAAUCACUCGAUUUCCACAAUCCUUCACAACAACACAUCAACAAUAAUACCAAUCUUCCCGAUCAUCAUCAUCGAUUUUCAGUACCAACAGUGACCAACGAAUCUGUAUCAAACAAUCCCACAAAUCGAUAUUAUCCCACGUCACGUCGUGCAUCUAUGCCUAUUAUUCAUAACAACGAUUCUAGCACUAUCCUAAAAGAGUCUCAACUUUAUCAAAAUUUCAAUUCAACGAAAAAAUAUCUCGCGCCUCGAUCAGAAUGA